CUCGCGCUGGUCGAGGGCAUCUUCAACGUCGCCAAUUCCAGACGGCCAGGCAAACACCACUGCGACUUCGCCCCGACCCGUCCACGUCUCCUCGCCCACCAAUUCCAAUUGCAAGGUCGCACUUGGACACGUUUGCACCCCCCGUCGCAAGAGGCCACGUUAGGCGGAGGAAGAGCGGGACAAGUUUAUACACGCCCCGAGAGCUAGCACGUGGAGCUGCACCACGACACCAUGGACAAGAAGCACGAGGACGCUGGCGGAGUCGCCCAGAUCGACAAGACGUCCGUCUUCCAAGAAGCACGAGUAUUCAACCAGAGCCCCAUCUCGCCCAGGAAAUGUAGAGUGAUCCUGACCAAGCUGGCGCUGCUGCUCUUCACUGGCGAGAGCUGGGGACGCCAGGAAGCCACGACCCUCUUCUUCGGCAUCUCCAAGCUGUUCCAGAACAAGGAUGCUUCGCUCCGCCAGAUGGUCUACCUGGUCAUCAAGGAGCUCGCUGGCUCCGCCGACGAUGUCAUCAUGGUCACUUCCUCUAUCAUGAAGGACACCUCCGUCGGCAGCGACGUCGUAUACCGCCCCAACGCCAUCCGCGCCCUCUGCCGUGUCAUCGACGCCUCCACCGUCCAGGCCAUCGAGCGUCUCGUCAAGACGUGCAUAGUCGACAAGAACCCCUCAGUCUCCUCCGCCGCCCUCGUCUCCUCUUACCACCUCCUCCCAGUCGCCAAGGAUGUCGUCCGAAGAUGGCAGUCAGAGGCCGCAGAGGCCGCGUCAGGAAGCAAGUCGGGUGGUGGUUUCUUGGGAGGCUUUGGAGGGGGCUCACAUACCACUCUCCAGGCCAGCACAAACUACAUGACACAGUACCAUGCCAUUGGCCUCUUGUACCAGAUGCGCUCCGGCGACAGGAUGAGCUUGGUCAAGAUGGUGCAGCAAUACUCUGCUGCUGGUGUCGUCAAGAGCCCUGCCGCUACUGUCUUGCUGGUCAGAUUAGCAGCUAAGCUCGCUGAGGAAGACCCAAACCUGCGAAAGCCUAUGAUGCAACUUCUCGAUGGCUGGUUGCGCCACAAGUCGGAGAUGGUCAACUUUGAGGCUGCAAAGGCCAUCUGCGACAUGCGCGACGUUACCGAUGCCGAGCUCGUACAAGCCGUCCACGUCCUCCAGCUCUUCCUCACAUCUCCUCGCGCCGUCACCAAGUUUGCCGCCCUCCGCAUCCUGUCGCAAAUGGCUUCCUUCAAGCCGGACGCCGUUCGCUCAUGUAACCAGGAUAUCGAAUCGCUCAUCACCAACUCGAACCGCAGCAUCGCCACCUUCGCCAUCACCACACUCCUCAAAACGGGCAAUGAGUCUUCGGUUGACAGAUUGAUGAAGCAGAUCACUGGCUUCAUGGCUGAGAUCACCGACGAGUUCAAGGUCACCAUUGUAGAAGCUGUCCGAACAUUGGCACUGAAGUUCAAGGCAAAGCAGUCCGGUUUCCUUGCUUUCCUCAGCGGCAUUCUGCGCGACGAAGGCGGCUACGAGUUCAAGCGAUCCGUUGUCGAGGCCAUCAUGGACCUCAUUCGCUUCGUACCUGAGGCUAAGGAAGAUGCGCUUGCUACACUUUGCGAGUUCAUCGAGGAUUGCGAAUUCACAAAGCUCGCCGUCAGGAUUCUAUUCGUACUUGGACGUGAAGGUCCUUCAACACCGCACCCCACCAAAUACAUCCGUUACAUCUACAACCGCGUAGUCCUGGAGAAUGCGAUCGUCAGGGCUGCGGCGACCUCUGCUCUGUCCAAGUUCGGCGUUGGACAAAAGGACCCUGAAAUCAAGAAGUCUGUCCACGUCCUCCUCACAAGGUGUCUGGACGAUGUUGAUGACGAGGUCCGUGAUCGUGCUGCGCUCAGUCUUCGUUUGAUGGACCAGGACGACGACGACAUGGCAGUUAACUUCAUUCGUAACGAUUCCAUGUUCUCCCUUCCUGUUCUUGAGCACCAGCUGGCUAUGUACGUCAGUUCGGAUUCCCGCGACACCUUCGAGACAGCCUUCGACAUCACCAAAAUCCCCACAGUCUCGCGCGAGCAAGCAGAUGCGGCAGACCUUACCAAGAAAACUGAAGGUGCUACCCCAACCCUCAAAGCACCCAGUGCCACCAAGGCACCUUCAAAAGCUGGUGCCGAUGCCGCCGCAAACGCAGCAUCGAAUGCGCAGAAAUACGCUACAGAACUGCAAAAGAUUCCAGAACUGGCUGCGCACGGCGGUGUGCUCAAGUCAAGCGAUGUCGUCGAGCUCACAGAAUCAGAGACCGAAUACGUCGUCACUGCCAUUAAGCAUAUCUUCAAGGACCACAUUGUCAUUCAGUACGACAUCAAGAACACUCUUGAGGAUACAGUAUUGAUGGAUGUCGAGAUGGUCGUUACACCAGAAGACGAUGGUGACGUGCAAUUAGAAGAAGAAUUUGUCAUCCCAGCGCCAAAGCUCGUCACCAACGAGCCUGGUACCGUCUACGUAUCCUUCAAGCGCCUGGAGACCGAAUCGCAGUUCAUUGCCGCCAGCUUUACCAACGUACUCAAGUUCACAAGCAAGGAAAUCGAUCCGACCACAAACGAGCCGGAAGAAGGCGAUGGGUAUCCAGAUGAGUACCAGGUUGAGGAUCUGUACCUCACUGGUGCUGACUACGUUGUUCCCGCAUAUGCAGGCAGUUUUGAUAAUGUCUGGGAACAGUCGAAUGGCGAUUCGGCGACUGAAACACUGCAGUUGGGUAAUAUGAAGAGCAUAUCAGAUGCAACCGAGCAACUCACCAAGACUCUAUCCCUCCAACCUCUCGAAGGUACAGAUGUCGCUUUGUCAACAUCAACUCAUACUCUCAAGCUUUACGGCAAGACCAUCACAGGUGGCAAGGUUGCUGCUACGGUACGGAUGGCCUUCAGUGCCAAGACUGGUGUGACCAUGAAGAUUGAUGUAAGGAGCGAGGAAGAAGGUGUUGCAGCAUUGGUGGUGGGUAGCGUGGCAUAGGUGAUAGGUGAAAGUUUGUUUAGUAGCGUGUCUUGAAAGCGUAAAAGGUCAACAGGCUUCUUAGUAGAACUCUUGGUAUCCACAGCUCAAUGAUUAUGACAUAUAUGUUACAGAUUGAGGA